UGAAUCAGUUUGAAUCAGUUCAAAACAAACAAAUAAAUACAAAAGCUUCUCAAACAGAAACAUGGCAACCGCCUUUUGACUCAACUUCAACUCCUAAUUCUUAUUUCCUCCCUUUUUGUUCUUUUGCGUAAAGUCAAAACCAGCGGACAAUUAAAGAGCACAAACUUGUGCGCAAGCGCAAAGCGCUCGUCGCGAGUCCUGGUUCCGUCUCCAGGCGUCUCUUCGCGAUGCCUCGCUCUCUCCUCCCUCUCCUCCCUCUCCUCUCUCCACGGAGGACAGAUGGGAGGAGACGCUUCUGCUGAACGUGUUGGUUGUUUUUUUUUUUUACUCCUGCAGCGGAGAAAACGCCUCUGCUCUCCGUCGGUCGCAGGUCCGAUCAUCCAUCUCUCUCUCUGCGGGGCGUUCCCGCAUCUUCCUCCUUCCCUUUUGGACCGAGGAUCAUCUGGUCACUAACUGGAGGCACCGCGCUGUCUUUGUGUGGAAGUGGAUUUAAAUCUUCCUGAAAAUGAGCGUGGGACCAGAUGCGCUCCUCUCAUCCGUUCUCUAUCCCUGUUCCGGUUUCGGACCGGUUCGACUGAUCCCCGUUCGAUGCUGCAGAAUCCACAGGGACCAAUAAAUAAAGAGAUUUUCCUCAGAAGCGGAUUCACCAGCAGCAUCCUGCCAGAUGGAUAACUACUCCGCGUUACCACUGCAGUGUCUGGAGAUGACCACCAAACGGAAGCUGAUUGGCCGGCUGGUGCCGUGCCGCUGUUUCCGUGGUGAAGAGGAAGUGAUCUCAGUGCUGGACUACUCUCACUGCAGCCUUCAGCAGGUCCCAAAGGAAAUAUUCAGCUUCGAGAGAACCUUGGAGGAACUCUACCUGGACGCCAACCAGAUCGAAGAACUACCCAAGCAACUCUUCCAGUGCCAGGCUCUGAAGAAGCUAAGUUUGCCCGAUAACGACCUUUCCAAUCUUCCCACCACCAUCGCCAGUUUGGUUAACCUCAAAGAGUUGGACAUUAGUAAAAACGGAAUCCAGGAGUUUCCAGAUAACAUAAAAUGCUGUAAAGGCCUGUCUGUGGUAGAAGCCAGCGUCAACCCCAUUACCAAACUCCCAGAUGGUUUCACGCAGCUCCUGAAUCUGACCCAGCUCUUCUUGAAUGAUGCCUUCCUGGAGUAUCUGCCCUCUAACUUUGGCAGGCUCUCCAAAUUACGGAUUCUGGAGCUGAGAGAGAACCACCUGAAAACCAUGCCAAAGUCCAUCCACAGACUGACACAGCUGGAGAGGCUGGAUCUGGGGAGCAACGAGUUCUCCGAAAUGCCAGAGGUGUUGGAACAGAUGCACAGCCUUAAGGAGCUGUGGCUGGAUAACAACUCUCUACAGUCUAUACCUGGGUCUAUAGGGAAGCUUCGCCAUUUGCGGUACUUGGAUUUGGCCAAGAAUCGCAUUGAGACGUUGGAUGGUGACGUCUCAGGCUGUGAGGCCUUAGAAGAUCUGCUGCUGUCCUCCAACAUGCUGCAGCAGCUGCCGGACUCCAUAGGAAUGCUAAAGAAGCUGACCACUCUAAAGGUAGAUGACAACCAGCUGACCUCACUGCCUCACACCAUUGGGAGUCCGAAGCCAAAGCAAGGCCUAUCUCUGUUGGAAGAGUUGGACUGCAGCUGUAAUGAGUUGGAGUCGUUGCCUCCCACCGUCGGCUACCUGCACAGCCUGAGAACGUUUGCUGCAGAUGAGAACUUCCUCACACAGCUGCCGCGGGAGAUCGGUAACUGCAAGAACGUGACGGUGAUGUCACUUCGGUCCAACAAGCUGGAGUUUCUGCCUGACGAAAUCGGACAGAUGACCAAACUGCGCGUUCUCAACCUCAGCGACAACAGGUUAAAGAAUCUGCCGUUUACCUUCACCAAGCUGAAGGACCUGGCAGCUCUGUGGCUCUCAGACAAUCAGUCCAAAGCUUUGAUCCCGCUGCAGACGGAAGCCCAUCCUGAAACCAAACAGAAAGUUUUGACCAACUACAUGUUUCCACAACAGCCCAGGCAUGAUGAAGAUUACCAGUCGGAUAGCGACAGCUUCAAUCCUACACUGUGGGAAGAGCAACGACAGCAGAGGAUGACUGUGGCCUUUGACUUUGAGGACAAGAAAGACGAGGAAGACAACUCUGGGAAGGUCAAGGUGGAGAUAAACCUGAAGCGCUACCCAACGCCGUACCCUGAGGAUCUGAAGAACAUGGUCAAAUCAGUGCAGAGCCUUGUGGGUAAAAGCAUGCAUCCAGGACAUGGGCACCAGCACCAGCUGAGCUCAGGCACUGCCACCUCAGCAGGAACCAACAUGGAGCAUGCACACCUCAGCAAAGAGCAGUACGAGCCUCCGUGGCCCCUGCCCCCAAAAGAGUUGAUGCAGGUCUUUGAUUCAUUUGACGGACGAAAUGAAAAUGUUUGCCAGGUGACGGACAGAGAGAUGCAGGACUUCUCUCAGUCUCAGCUCAUGGAUCAAGGAUCAAUGCAUAAUUCUGGCAUCGACAUUCCCAAGAGGAAGGACAAGGAGGACUUGACAGAAAGUUCGGAGGACUCGAUGGGCGGCUCUCCCAAUGACAUCCGCAUCUCCGACAUGAGGCCAACGCUGGUGGAGCCACCGAUGUACAAACCAAAGGUGGUGCUGCUGGGGAAGGAUAAGAAAGAGUCGACAGACGAGGAGGUCGAUAAGCUCCACUGUCUGAACCACAGCGGCUCCUCGGCCACCUACUCCGACUACUCACCCUCGCAGGGCUCCUCGGGCUCCUCCAACCCGUCCGCCAACACACACUCACACACACACACUCAUGCACACGCACACCCUCCCGCCCUGCCCGCCCCCAGUAAGGACCAGGCCCCUCAAACACACUGGACCAACAGACUUGCACAGUCUUUCCCAAAGCCUAUUGACUCCAAGCCCCUGCUGUCUCAGAGAGAAACCCCUCCAUCGGGAACGCUGCAGCAACGGGGAGAUCGGCGUCCACUCAGCGAGCCUUUUGAUUGGUCGGAGGCCCAGCACUAUGACAACACGGGUUUUGACGCCGAGGAGUCCCCGAUGGACCCGACGUCCUCUAAUACAAGUCAGGGUAAUCCGCCGCUGGGCUCCAAACCCCGCAGCCAGUCGGCUCACGGUCGCCGGCCCCUCCUCAGGCAAGAUCGAAUCGUCGGAGUCCCCUUGGAGCUGGACACCCAGACACUCCCCUACCACAGUAACCAGCGCUCCACCCCGGAUAACGACCCGCAAUCUGGACCUUCCUCCCAAAACCCCUGGCAGAAUUGGACCAGGACGCCCAGCCCAUUGGAGGACAGGACUGCUUUCCCCUCAAAGCUGGACCUGACGCCAACCUCAAGCCCCAAUCCUGACCGCAAGGACUUGGACUCAAGAAUGGAGCAGGGCUCAGGACCUUUGCCCGGAUCCUGGACGUAUCACAACAGCCAGGGGGAGCAGAUCAGGAAGGAUCAGCUCACCGUUGGCGGGGGAAACAAGGUCACAGUGGUGAUGAGUAAAAGCUCCGACCGACUUUCCCCCAUGAUGAAGGAGACCAGAUCCAAGUUUAAGAAGUCCCAGAGCAUUGAUGAGAUCGACAUUGGCUCCUAUAAAGUCUACAGCAUUCCUAUGGAAAGCUACAGUUCAUCCAUCGAGCAGCAGACCAGUUUGGACCGCCCAGAGCUCCCUGGUUCCAUGGAGCAGACCAGCAUGUCACGGUCUCAGUCUGCCCCCAUGUUGGACGAUGAGCUGGGCUUCCCAGGACACGGAGGCGGCAACCAGAACCAGUCUGGACAAAAUCAAAAACCUGCCAUUCCUCACAAGGCCUAUCAUUUUGACCAGAACUACAACCCCCAGGUGACCAUAGAUCGCAGGAUCCCUCCUCCAUUCCCCAACACACCAGAUUAUGUAAACCACUCCUCAAAGGCCAUGGAUUACUUGAGUCAACCUGGAAAGACGCUACCCAAGGAGCUUGUGAGUCCUCGGUAUCGCGCGUAUCCACCGCUGGAGAUGUUUUCGUUCCCCCAAGCCCCAAUCAACCAGGACGGCCCGUCCAGCCAGCAGCAGCAAACCAUCUCAACUCAGCGCUCCAGGCCAGGCUUUCUGAGGCGAGCCGACUCUCUGGUGAGCUCCACUGAGCUUGCCUUGUUUCGUAGAGUUCACGAAGCCCAGCAGGAGGCGCUACAGGAAGCUCAAUACAAGCAUCAGACGGACCCGCCUCAUUACAGUCGGGCUCUUGCCUACUCGUCCCCCAUGGAGCAUUCUGCCCUCACCAACAUGUCUGACAACCAAAAUCAGAUGAUGCACAACAAGAGAAACGGUCGCUACGACGACGACUACACCACUUACCAGGAGCAGAAGAAGCCCAUGAUUGGCUAUCCGACCAAAAGUCUGACUCAGCGUCGCCCCCUGUCUGCCAGGAGCUACAGCACCGAAACGUACGGAGCAUCUCAGGCCCGCCCCGUGUCGGCUCGCCCCACCAUGGCCGCCCUGCUGGAGAAGAUGCCGCCCGACUACACCCUGGCCACCUGCCCCGAGAAACCGUCUGAGGACACCAUCAAAGUGAGACCCGUCGUCCCGCAGAAACCCGAGGACAUCACCUCCAAGAUGCCCGCCGACUGGAGGCAGCAGCUCCUCAGGCACAUAGAGGCCAAACGGUUGGACAGGAGUGGUGUCCUAAAGCACAACACGCUCACCCUGGGCAUGCUCUAUCAGGGCGGGGGUCACGGCCAGGGGCGCAGCACCACUUUGAACUUUAACCUUUACAAUAACACUAGGCAUGAGCCCCCUGCUGGCCGCUGGCUGCCACUACCUCCGCCUCCGUCUGCCAUCACUACACCUUCUCAGCAGGCUGCAAUGCUGGAUAAUGACCAGGAGGGGGUGACAGGGAGCAACCAGUGGGCUCCCUACUCACUCGGCCGAAGAGACGUUCCGCCUGAGAACCUCAUGAAAAAGGGCGGACAUUCACACAAUCAGUCACACAACACCAUGAUCGUCACCUCGUCCUCCUCAUCCUCGGCCACCGUGUCUCACCGCGUCGUCGGGCAGCAGGUUUAUGACGGGAUGAUGAACAAGGGCGGCCAGUACCAGCAAGGAAUGUCGCUGUCAGUGGUACCAGCUGGCGGCCCGGGCCAGUACCAAGGCAACGUCUCGCAGGGCCUUCCCUCCCCAGGCCAGGCGUACCCCAGUGGCGGCCUCCCCAUGGCGCUGUCGUCGUCUGGAAACCAAUCUCAGUACAACCCCCACCCCUCCCAUCAGCCGGCCACCAAUCCGCAGUACCACGUGAACCAAGGCAUGACCCACAGCAACCAGGCCGUCAUGGCGAGCCACACCAACCCCCGGCCUCAGAGCGCUCGCUGCCUGCUGCAGACGAAAGGCCAGAAAAGCACGGACGGUUUCCAAGAGCAGCUGUGUGUGAGGAUAGAGAAGAACCCCGGCCUCGGCUUCAGUAUCUCUGGCGGCAUCAGCGGCCAGGGCAACCCCUUCAAACCCUCCGACAUGGGUAUCUUUGUUACUAGGGUACAGCAUGACGGACCCGCCGCCUCCUCACUGAAGCCUGGAGACAAGAUACUGCAGGAACACACAGACAUCUAUUUGCCUAUUGCGGAACCAAAGGCAAAUACUAGUGCCAAAAGUACCAUGGGAAACAUCUCUUCUCUUCUGUCUACCAGAGGUCAGCGACCUGAUUGACGGACGGAUGGACCAUGAAAGGAUGCAACACUUUUCAGUUCCUUCAGGGCUGCUGCAGUGAGGCAGUUUUUCCCUCAGCCAAUCGGAUUUGAGUCAUUUUUUAUUGGAGGAUACUUUUUUUUAUUUAUCGCUUUCCUUCACUUUCUUUUUCUUUUUUGGUUAACUCCAGUAUGUAACUUUUUUUUUUUUACAUAUUUAUCGAAACUGUCACUAUUUCACUAUUUAUCUGUUUUGAUUGGUACAAAACAGAUAAACUGUGGGGGGGAAAUGACCUGUCCCAAUGCUGACUCGAAACAACCAAUCAGAGCCAGGAGGCAGAUCUUAGUGCUGGUAUAGAGCCCAAAUGUUAAACUCAAGUGAAAUCAGCACUACUUCAACAUAUUUUUACUCAUGUAAAAGUAAAAAGUAGCCAUCAAGUAAGAAUAAAAAGGUAUUAGAUAAAAAAUCUGCUAAUGUACUGAGUAACUGAUCAAAUUAUAAUUUUUUAUGACAUAAUCAGAAGGAACAAAAUAUAAAGUUAAGUAGAAAUUUUGCAAAUUUAAGUACAAAAUUAGAAAAAUUAAUAUAAGUAAUAAAAAAUUUUUUUAAAAAUCAGGCAAAACAUUUUUUUUCCAAAUCAGUUCUUUUCAAUAAAAAUCUUCUGAAACUUUAACUAAAACUGCAUGUGUUUGUCUGGUGUUUUGUUAUUAAAACAUGGUUGUUUUUCCACCUGUAAAAAAAAUUCUGAAAUUUUUCUCAAGUAAACGCAGUUUGUAAUAAAUUUACUCAAGUAAACCUAAAAAGUACAAUUUCUGAAACUACCUUUUUUCCUCAAGUGUAACUGGUUACUACCCAACUCUGAUCACCCUCCAUCUGAUUGGCAGUGCUACCAUAAAGCAAGCUGCAGCUAAAGCUAGUUAGCAUGGCGGAUAAAUGUUUUUUUCUGUAAUUGCAAGUUGUUUUCCUACCGUUACCACAUUUAGCAGCACAAUCAUGAGUUUGAUUGACAGCGCUAAGACCUGCCUCCUGGUUCUGAUUGGUUAUUUUUGGUUGGUACAUUUCUUUAGACAGCAAUUAUGGCUCUGGGAUCAGAGGGAGAAGAUUGAUUGUCUUUCAAAGAUUAUCUGUUCAUAAACUCAGAAUAGUGGCAGUUUUAGCAAAUAUUUAAAAACUAUAUAUUUUUUAUAAGUUACACACUGCAGCUUUAAAUGAAUGUGUAGCAUCUUGUUCAUUGCUUUGUCAUUAGUUCUGUUUUUUAUACAGCUUCUUUCUUAAGCCUCACCCAUCAUUCGUAUUUAUUUAAUUUAUUAUUUUUUGUUUUUUGCCUCCAGUGUACAGAUAACUUUCUGCCUUUUGUACAUAUAUGAAGAUUUGGCUUUCCUGAGCUGCACUCUCAGUUGGGCCCAGACUGAAAGCUCUAAAGGUUUAUGAUUAAUAUAACUGUUAAUAAAAUAUAUUCAGAUUUUUUUUAUUUCCUGCAAUUUUACAGGAGUCAUUUCUCUGAAUGGAUUUCAUUUUUUUUCUAAAGUACACCACGGUUUUACCUGUAAAGAACACCCGUUUCAUAGAACGUCAUUGCUGAUAGUUUUUAGGUUUGAAAAGUUUCGCUUGCACAGCUGUGUUGAAAAGAGCUAAAGCAAUAUUUCUGCAGCUAUUUGCAGCUGAGCCAACCUUGUCCUCUAGUGCCAUCUACUGUACAAGUCAUGCUAAUGUUUACACCCACACUGCCAUUCACUUGAACUAUUAGGGAAACACAAAAAGAGCCCUGUGCCCCCGCACUCCUACACUGCAUUUGCACCCCUGCGCACUAUUGCAUUAUGGUGCCCAAUUUGUAUCACAGAAAACUAAUUCCUACACCUUGAUUUGUCACCAGUGAUAACAACUGUGCCAUUGUUUGAAAGACUAGUCUUCUUCCAUGUGCAGAUUUUCCUUUUUUCAAAUAUUUGAUUUGUACAAUAGCCGGGCUUUUUUCCAUGUAAAUCACUUGAAAGACCAGACAUUUGAAGACGCUGAUGCUUUUCCAUAGAACUGUUUGGCAUACUCUGGUUCCAAAUGUCAGCUUUGUUUAGUCAUGGCUUGGAUGAGACUUGAACCGAAAUCUGGUGUCGUUGCUCAACAGUGAUGUACUCAUGGGAAAAAUUGGCACAAAUUAAUUAUCAGAUCUAUGUGGAAGAGGACUAUUGCCACUAAAAAAAGAAUCUUAAUUUAAUAUCAAAAUUCUGGAUUUUAUUUCAGAAUUCUGAUAUUAAACUCAGAAUUUGAACUUUUUUUCUCAAAAUUCUAACUUUUGUCACAAAUGUAUGACGUUUUGCUCAGAAUUUCAACUUUUUUGUCUCAGGAUUCAGAUUUUAAACUCAACUUAAUCUUUUGAGAUCAAGGGUUAAAAUACUGGUGGUAAAAAGUCAGAAAUUCACAAAGAAAAAAGUCAGAACUCAGAAAAAACGGUGCAAUUCCUGUAAUCCUCUUUCACAGAUUUAUGUCUCAAAGCGUUUGUU